AUGUCCGCCACGAAGUCUAACGAACCUGAGGUGCUUGAGCCGACCCCCUCGCCGACUACUGUCGAGAGUGACAUGAUAGCCACCUCAUCAGCCUCAUACUCAGAAGCAGGAAGGGCUUGCUCGAACCCGGGCUCAUGGACUUACAGCUACCAUUCCGCUACAGCCGCUCAUCCGCAUGAGAGGCGAUCGCUCGGGCUUACGGGACGUUCUGGCUCCGGGCUAUGCGUCCCCGAGCAGACCGAAUAUACUCCAGCUGCCUUGCAGGCGGGUCACGCUGACCCCUUGGCACCACGAAUGCUUCAACCACCAAUCCUCGGUGGCCUCAGUGGCGAAGAAGGCCAGCGCUUCUGCAAAGAGAUGCCGUCGAUUCCUCUUCUUGAUAUAGCCUCAGAGCAUCUUCCCUCCUCGCCAGGCUCCAUUGCAUUGACUCCGGACGAAGGUCAUGAACAGCCAGUGAUGCAGACCAUACUUGAUGAUCUCAGACGGUCCCUUAGCGAUUCCGGCGUUGAUUGCGAGAAAAAGAACAUCUCCGAGCUCAUGGCCGCCCACAGGCGAAUGAGACGUGGCGAGAAACUUGAGCAGGCUAGAACUCUCAAGGUGAGGAAGAAGACUAGGAGAUUCGGGGCCGCCAACGGGUCAGCAAAGAAGUGA